AUGGCGGACGAGCCAUCCCAGGGCGCGCCUGGCAGCGCCGAAUCAAGAGCUGGCACAGGACUCAAUGCUUUCCUGGCAGCCUUGGCGGCCUCCGUGAUCAUUUUCGCCGUCCAAAUCAGCAUCUUUCUCCUACUACGGAAUAGACUUGCCCGCAUCUUCAAACCGAAAACAUAUCUCGCCCCCGAGCGCGAACGAACAGACCCACCGCCACGGAAUCCUGUACAACUCAUCAAAACGUUAUGGACCUUCAGCGACCGCGACAUUAUCAGACGGUGCGGCUUAGACGCCUACUUCUUCCUACGAUUUCUCAAGACGUUGCUCAUCAUCUUCGUCCCCAUGAUGUGUAUUCUGAUACCCAUUCUGGUUCCCAUCAACUACAUCGGUGGCGAGGGCCAAGACGUCAUUGGCGGCCGUCCGAAGGGGCAGAACAGCACGAGCAGCAACAACAGACAAACCGGCCCCCCGCGAGGCCUUGACACUCUCACCAUGUCCAAUAUUUCACGCGAGAAUUCAAGUCGGUACUGGGCCCAUCUGAUCAUGGCAAUUUUGGUCAUUUCCUGGGUAUGCGUCGUCUUCUACUUCGAACUCCGCGUCUAUAUCAAGAUUCGCCAAGAUCACUUGACAAGUGCUGAACAUCGCCUCCGUGCUUCCGCCACAACUGUCCUCGUCAACAACGUGCCCCCAAAAUGGCUCACUGAAGAAGGUAUCAGGGGUCUGUUUGACGUUUUCCCGGGCGGCAUCCGCAAUGUCUGGCUCAACAGAGACUUGGGCCAGCUCCUGGAGAAGAUCGAACUUCGUACUCAGAUUCACCGACAGCUCGAGUCGGCGGAAACGGAUCUCAUCAAGAUGGCCAAGAAGAAUCAACUCAAGCAGAGGAAAAAGGACGAGAAAAAGGCCCGCAAGGCAUCUCAUGGCAAGGCGCCUACCAAGGCCGACAUGGAGCUCAGACGCAAACAGGAAGACGCCGCAGCGCAUCAAAUGGCUGAAGCGGGACAGGGCGUGAGUUCUGGCGCGCACGAAGAGGUGCCACAUGACGUCAGUGAAGCGGUCGACCAGCACCAGCAGAGCGGAAACCGACGAAACAGCCAUGUCCAUAUUGAUGACGGGGACAGGCCAGAGCAUGAGACCGAGAACGGGAGCUUUGGCUUUGGCUUGCUAAGCGGCGGCCUGGAGAAGGUCGGGCAAGGCCUCCGUGGCGGUGUGGGCAAGGCCGGUAUGGGCUUCAAGACGCUCGGCCAUGAUGUUGAAGACGGUGUAAAUACCACCAACGGCUUCAUGAGAAUCAAUUCACCGGGCGCCGGCGAACAUGCCACAUACACCCGAGGGUCUGCCGACCAUGCACGCAUCCAGGCUGUGAGGGGAGAGAACGUUCGACCAGGAACUACCGACAGCGCUGAGUGCCACUCGAGGACAACAGAUGCGGCUGAGAGAGUGCACAGCACUCAUUCGCGCGAUGCAUCGGAUACGUCACAGAUUGUCAAGGCCUUCUCCAACUAUGACACUACUGCAAACGGGAACACUAUUCGCAAGGUCAGUAACCUGAACAACCUAUACGACAAUGAGAAGCGGCAAUGGUAUCAGUUCUGGCGAGCUCCUCCCGGCGGAUUCGCGUCGCCUGUCCCUCAAAUGCAAGAGGGGUCCGAAUUUCCAUUUGGUCAGAAGAAGACUCCCAAAACUUUCGCUGAGCGCGUUAAAUCAUGGAUCCCAGGGAUGGGUGAUGACGAAUUGCCCGCCAUUGAGUACGACCCUGCUUCGUACUCUGGCAAAGACUACCAGGCCACCGAUGGCCUUGGCGAACCGGAUGCUGCUUGGCGCAAAUACGUCAAGCCCAGCAAGCGACCCAGGCAUCGUCUCCCGCGAUGGGGGUUUCCCACUUGGCUUGCAUGGCUUACCUUUGGCAAAAAGGUCGACACAAUCUACUGGUGCCGAACGGAGCUUGCGCGUCUCAACCUGGAGAUUCGGGAAGAUCAGGCGCACCCUGAGCGCUACCCACUCAUGAAUUCAGCGUUUAUUCAGUUUAAUGAGCAAAUCUCGGCUCACAUGGCCUGCCAAAGUCUGAUUCACCAUCUGCCCAAGCAAAUGGCACCCCGCGUCAACGAAGUCUCGCCUAAUGAUGUCAUAUGGAGCAACAUGGCGAUCAAGUGGUGGGACGAGUGGUUCCGAACCGGAGCUGUCACCUUGCUCAUCACGGCCAUGGUCAUCUUCUGGGCUGUCCCAGUUGCUUGGACGGCUGCGCUUGCCAACAUUGAUAAGCUCACUUCCAUAUCAUGGCUCCGGUGGAUCGAGAAUAACAACACGGUUUACCAGAUCGCCGGCGGUAUCGCUGGUAUUCUUCCGCCUCUCAUCCUUGCCCUCGUUCUCAUCCUGGUCCCCAUCCUACUGGAUUUGCUCGCCGACUUCAAGGGUGCUAAGACGGGCGCACAGAAGACGGAAUUCGUACAGCAAUUCUACUUCAUGUUUCUCUUCGUCCAAGUCUUCCUUGUUGUCUCCGUUGCCAGUUUCUUCGCCGGCGCUGCAGACGAAUUGUUUGCCAACCUGCAGAAAUUCAACGAAGUCGACUACAUCUGGACAGUGCUAGCAGACAAUCUGCCUCAGGCUGCAAACUACUUCUUCUCGUACAUGAUACUCCAGGCGCUGUCAUCCAGCUCCGGUGCGUUGCUCCAGAUUGGUGCUCUCCUGGUCUGGUACGUGCUGGCCAAGAUGCUGGAUACAACAGCACGCAACAAGUGGACUCGUAACACAACUCUCAGUGGCAUCAAGUGGGGCCAUCUCUUCCCCGUUUACACCAACUUUGCCUGUAUUGGGCUUAUCUAUUCGGUCACUGCGCCCCUCAUCAAUAUUUUUGCCUGCAUUACCUUUGGCCUUCUUUUGCUGGCUCAGAAGUAUUGUCUGCUCUAUGUCGUGCGCGCCGGGAUCGACACUGGCGGUGUGUUGUAUCCACGAGCCAUCAACCAGCUGUUCACCGGGCUGUAUGUCAUGGAGCUCAGCAUGGCUGGCAUGUUUUUCGUUGCCAGAGAUGAGAACAACCGACCCCAGCAGCCCCAAGCCAUCAUCAUGUUGGUCACUGUUGGUCUCACAAUUUGCUACCAAGUUUUACUCAAUCGGUCUUUCUCCCCGCUCUUCCGCUAUCUGCCGGUGACGGGCGAAGACGAGGCUGCGAUUCGAGACGAGGUCUUCCACCAGGAGCAGCUUCGACGAUUUGGCAUGGUCGAAGAGACUGAUCAGGACACUGACGGCGCUGAUGCCGAGAAACGCCUGGAUGGGAGCAUCGGCGACUCUCGUGGCAGAGAAGACGACGAGAUUGAGCUUCAGGGACUUUCACGCAAUGAUACGAAGAAACGAGGAUACAACCCUGUCAAGGGCGUUCGCAACUUGGCGGUCAAGGGAGGCCAAGGUCUUCGCAAUGUUGCUACGUGGAAGAAAGUGGAAGCACCUUCGGCCGUGAGAAAUGCGGCAUACUAUCGCAGACAUCAACGUCAGAAAGAUCUGGAGGCUCAGCGUGCCAUAGGAGAAGCGCUGUACGGGGGCGUCGCCGACGAGAUUGAGGAUUUGAUGCCUGAAGAGAGGAAUGCACUGGUGCAGGAAUCUUUUAAGCAUACGGCACUUCGAGCCCGCAUGCCGACUGUCUGGAUUCCUCGCGAUGACCUGGGUGUCAGCGACGACGAAAUACGGUUGACGAGAGAGUAUACCGAAAACAUCCACAUCAGCAACGAGGGAACCGCACUGGAUAGUAAGGUCCGGGUCGUAUACGGGCGGAAUCCUCCUGACUUCUCAGAGGUUGAUCUGAUUGACCUCUAA